GUACUCUGGAUAUUGAAGAGAGAAAUCGCCAAAUGAAAAUGAACAAGUACAAACAUGUAGCAGGAUCAGAUUCCAGGCUGGAGCAAGAUUAUCAUUCCAAGUAUCGUCCCGGGCGGGAUCCUCAACGAGGCUCUGAUAACGUCUCCAACAAGUCUUCAGACAGUGAUGUCAGUGAUGUAUCAGCAGUCUCGAGAACCAGUAGUGCAUCCCGUUUUAGCAGCACUAGUUAUAUGUCUGUGCAGUCAGAACGGCCAAGAGGAAACAAGAAAAUUAGUGUUUUUACAUCUAAAAUGCAAAGCAGACAGAUUGGCGCUUCAGGACAGAAUAUAACUAAAAGCACCAGCAUCAGUGGGGAGAUGUAUACGCUAGAGAAGAACGAUGGCAGCCAAUCUGAUACAGCAGUGGGCACUGUGGGUGCAGGUGGAAAAAAACGGCGAUCCAGUAUUGGUGCAAAGAUGGUCGCUAUCGUGGGACUUUCACGGAAAAGCAGAAGCACCUCGCAACUCAGCCAAACUGAAGCAGGUGGUAAAAAGUUGAAGAGUACAGUACAGAGAAGCACAGAAACUGGGUUGGCUGUGGAGAUGAGGAAUUGGAUGACACGUCAGGCCAGCAGAGAGUCUACAGAUGGCAGCAUGAACAGUUAUAGCUCUGAGGGAAAUUUGAUCUUUCCUGGUGUGCGGUUGGCAGCAGAUAGCCAAUUCAGUGAUUUUCUGGAUGGACUUGGCCCUGCACAGCUUGUUGGGCGCCAGACCCUGGCUACUCCUGCAAUGGGUGAUAUCCAAGUUGGAAUGAUGGACAAAAAGGGACAAUUGGAAGUGGAAAUAAUAAGAGCACGAGGCCUUGUUGUAAAACCAGGUUCAAAGACACUGCCAGCACCAUAUGUAAAGGUGUAUCUAUUAGAAAAUGGAGUCUGUAUAGCCAAAAAGAAAACAAAGGUGGCAAGAAAAACGCUGGAACCUCUUUACCAGCAGCUAUUGUCAUUCGAAGAGAACCCCCAAGGGAAAGUUUUGCAGAUUAUUGUAUGGGGAGACUAUGGACGUAUGGAUCAUAAAUCGUUUAUGGGAGUAGCACAGAUACUUUUAGAAGAACUGGACCUGUCCAAUAUGGUGAUUGGCUGGUUCAAACUUUUCCCUCCUUCGUCCCUAGUAGAUCCAACUUUGGCCCCUCUUACAAGAAGGGCUUCCCAAUCAUCUCUUGAAAGUUCAACAGGACCGUCGUACGCUCGCUCAUAGCAGCUGUGAACUUUAUCAUAGCAACCAGCGUUACAAAAAAUAUUAACAGGUCGCAAGCUCUGGUAACACUGCAUGCUUAAUGUUGCGUCUUUGGAGCCUGUCUCUAGGGCUAGAAAGCGAUCCUGUAUUCUCAGAGGAAGUUGCACACAUUGUGCUCUAAAGGAAGUCCUCAGGUGAAGGAGUGGAACUGGAAGAACUGAAUGGUUUGGAGUUCAGUGACACUCAACUUUUAAUCCAAUUUGAAGCCAUGGAUUAAACUAAAGAAUCAAGUUGUCUGAUGCAACUAGAAUCCCUUUCAAUGGCACGUCUAUUUUCUUGUUCCCUUUUCUUUAUUGGCCCUUUUCUGCCCGCACCCUCCCAAGCCUGGUUAUGCCACAGAAAUAUGGAGCUACCCAAAGAAGUCAUACUGCAGAUCAUUAGAAGAAGAGAAGAGAAAAGAAAAGUGAGCUGUCAUUGCAUUCAUUAACAGCAGAGGAAACUUGCCUUAUCAGAAAGCUUGAAGACUUAGAGUGGCAGGUUUUGUAACUCCGGCUACUAUAGAGUCAAAUCCAGCGUGGACUAAGUGAAAAGUAAAAUUCUGUGGCUAUACUGUACUGUAUGAAUUAAAGACAC